ACGCCAUUCUUUAGCUAGUUUUACGCCCUGCCAGCGCCACGACCACUAUAUAUACACUUCGUCCUGUACUCAGUUUCAUGUGGGAUCAGGGCCUCGUUCAACGACCUUCAUCUGGACCACCACCCUCGCUCGCAUCGUGGAAGAACGAGAGGCGCGAAACUCUCUGCACUGAACUACGACUACGCGCGAACGCACACAUACCGUCAUGCCCGAGUCCGCUGGAGAGAGGGAACCCCUCAUCGAGGCGGUAGCCAGCCAGCCCGGUGCCGCAAUGGCGGCGGUAUCUCCGCCGCCGAACACGAAGGAGGACAAGAGAAGAGUAGGCCCCUUGGAGAUCUCGCGUUCAACGCGUUAUGGCAUCUUGGCCGGUAUAUGGAUGGCUACCUUUCUCUGCUCUUUGAACAGCACACUUGUCACUACAUUGCUACCCUCCAUCUCUUCGGAGUUCAACAAGUCGCAUCAAGCGCACUGGCUUGGCACGGCGUAUCUUCUCGCAACUGCGACAUUCACCCCACUGUACGGACGUCUGUGCAAUGUCAUGGGCCGUAGAAAUGCCAAUCAGAUGGCCGUCUACUUCGCAGCUCUCGGCACCGCGGCGUGUGGGUUCUCUGGUACCAUGGAAUCCCUCAUCGCUGCGAGAUUCCUUUCUGGCUUGGGUGGAGGAGGUAUCUUCACGACUGCAACGAUCAUCACGAGCGACAUGUACAGUCUCAGAAGCCGAGGGCUAACGCAAGGCCUCGCGUCUGUGUUCAAUAGCCUGGGUAUGGGUUUGGGAGGGCCAUUGGGCGGAUACAUCAGCGAUCGACUUGGGUGGCGCUGGGCCUUCCUGCUGCAACUUCCGCUGUUCUUGAUAUCAGCCGCAUUGACCUCUGUCAAUCUGCACUAUGUCACUGCGGGACAAGUCUCCAGGAGCAAGAAGGAAGUACUAAAGCGGAUCGACUAUGGCGGGAGUCUGACCUUGCUGGGAGCCGUUUUGUCACUCCUCAUCUUCCUGAGCACACGCUAUAGUGAAGAGCAGCCGUGGUCUUCGCCGUCCGUCUUCGUCCCCCUGAUCCUCACUGGCGUCUUCGCCGUUGCCUUCGUCGUCUUCGAGCUUCACGUCGCCGUUGAGCCCGUGCUCGCGCCUGCGCUGCUCAAGCAGAAGAUCCCUGUGCUAGUGGGCAUCAGUAACUUCCUCGUCGCAACGUGCAACUUCAUGGUCAACUACAACUUCCCCACGUGGUUCCAGACGGUGAUGCUCACGAGUGCGAGCGAAGCUGGUGCGCACUUGAUCCCGAAUGCAUUCUCGGUCUCGUUUGGGUCGUUGUUCGCCGGAUGGAUGAUGCACCGCACGGGGAGAUACAAGACGCUCAACCUCAUCUUCGGAUUGUUCCCCUUCACGGCUGCUAUCCUGCUUAGCUGUAUGAAAGCAGACUCCCCGUCUUUCCAACUGUGGUUCAGCAUCAUCCCAAUGGGCUUCGGUAACGCGGUGGUUCUGCAAACCAUGCUGAUCGCGCUCCUGGCUCACUUGCCUGAAUCGCAAGUCGCUGUCGGAACCGGAUUUGGCCAAGUGUUCCGAGGCUUAGGCCAAGUAGGAGGCGUCGCCGUGUCCGCAGCUGUCUUCCAAAGCAUCCUGAACACCGAGCUCCACAAACGGAUCCAGACUCCCGACGCGGAGAAGAUAAUCACGAAAAUCCGCCACUCAGCAACUGUGGUUGGGAAUCUACCCCCAGACUUGCAGCGUGCGGCGCGGGACUCGUACGCGACCGCCCUGCGCGUCGUUUUCAUCAUGGCAGCCUGCGCGACUUUCCUGGCAUACUGCGCUCGUCUCCCGAUCCCGGACAAACCCCUCGACGGUGCUCGUCCCAAGUCACAAUUGCACGCAGAACCUCGCGUGCAGGCGGCCUCGUACGGCGCCGUUGCAGGCCGCGAUGAGAGCACAGAUAGCAGCGAGAGUGCGGCUACGAGUGACGAUGAGGAUCCAGAAGGUCUGCCGCCUGUGAAGACGGUUGGCCCGCGUCCAAGACGGUUGUCGACGUAUGAAUCGACGGACCAGUCGUGAAAGUUAAAAUUGAAAUGUAGAGGCUUGGGGCUCGGACUUCUACCAGUGGCUUGGGGUACAAAGGUCGUACAUCCAGUAGCAAUUGUCAACUCGGUCUGUUUUGUCACUUGGUCAAGACAAUCGGUCAUUGUAGC